UUAAUUGAAAUUUAAUAGGAUUAAAUUAUUAUUUAUAAACAAGAUGUACUUUCUACCUUACUGUUUGCUUGUCUCUGUAUAGUUAUUAUUUACUAGUAAUUGGUUGUAUAACAAGACAUAAUUAAUAAAAAUCUUGUUGGGCAGCGUUUCUAAUUAUAGAUGUUUUGGUCAGUAGGAGAUAUAGAAUUGACCAAUGAGAUAAGAGCAACCAGGGGCAUUGAUGCCCAGAGGGGGAGUCUGUAAUUGUUUCAUUUCAUACUUAAGACGCUUGCGUUUGCAGCUACUUCUUUCUUCGUAUUCUAUUUGGCCUAUUUACCGACUUAUUUCUACGUGAAACCUUACACUGUGAUGCAUAGUGAUUUUUUAUAAGACGUGUGGAACUCAAGUGGCACAAUUUCGAUUGGAAUCGUGUGGAUUUUGGUUUUCUAACUUGUAACUGUGAUAGCCAAACUUAGUGACGCCAUGGGGCCUAAACGCGCAAGAUCUGCGCCAUACUGCUACAAUCCCGAUUUACCGGAGAACUGGACUUCAGCACAGUUGAAGGAAUCUUUAAAAUCUCGCGGGAUAUCUUUCCCAGCCAAUGCACGUAGAUCUGUGCUAAUUCGUUUGCAUACGGACAAUACUGCAAGUGCGCGAUCCCACAAUGCAACGGAAAACCUUCAUAAUGACAGAGACCUUCCGAGAUCCCAUAAUGCAACGGACCAAAACAGUAAUGGCGAUGAUCGUCAAAAUAACGUGCUGAUUGACAUUGUUUCCAAGUUAACGUCAACUGUACAGUCCUUACAACAGAAUGUCAUUAAUUUGACUUCGAGAGUAAAUUCCCUGACACCGGGAGCAGUUUCUCAGUCAGUCUCUCAUGCAGUCGUCAACAACGCUCAAGGUCAGGAGAGAUUGUGCACAGCUGGUACCAGUUCAGUAGCAACAGACAAUUACACGUUGGACACCGCGUUUGCCCGUAUAUCUACAGCAGCAGCCGGAUCUGCCGACCAAAUCCCAGAAUUUAAGCGGACAAAAUACGGGUUCUCCGCAGAGUCCUUGCCUUUGGUGGAGACGAUUUCGCCCCAACUGCGGCAACAAAUCACCUCAGAUGAAGAGAUUCCGAAUGCUUGCGCCAGAGGCAGAUUUGACACCAACUCCCUGCCUACAUCAUUCAGAGUUGCUAAAGAACUAAAGGAUCAUCUCGAGCAUUUGUGGGAUUCUUCCUUAUGCAGUUCAACCAGGCGAACGUACAGCUCAGCUUUACAGUGUUUUCUGUCUUUUGUAUGCAUGAGUGGGAUUACGUUUCUGUCUAAUUGUCUUCCUGUGGUAAACGAGAGCUUGUUAGUGUACUUUGUCACACACUGUAAAUCUGUUUUAAAACUGAAAUAUGAAACAAGUUAUAUUUAGCUGGUAUUAGGUUUUAUUACAUACAAGCAGGUCAUGGUGAUAUUUUGAAAGCCUGUGAUCAGCUUAAUUAUGUGUUACGUGGUGUAAAAAGAUCUCAAAACAAUGUUACCAAGAAGCGCCUACCUAUUACAGCUGAUAUUUUAAAGCAAUUGUGGCAAGUUCUGGACAAAGGAGCUUUUUCUCCCUUCGUAGACCUUAUGUUGAAAUGUAUGUUUUCAUGUGCAUAUUUUGGGUUUCUUAGAUGUGGAGAAAUUACUUGUCAAAAGGCCAAUUCUGUACAUUUUUUACAAGUUACUGAUGUCAGUUUGGGAAAUGAUUUUUAUGUGGUAAAGUUGAGAACUUCAAAAACAGAUCCAUUUUCACGAGGUGUAAAUAUUACUAUUUAUGAAAAUGAUGUUUUCAAACCUGUCCAUAUCAUGCGUUCAUAUCUGCAAUUUAGAAAUUCUUUGCCAUGCUAUCCUCAGUCACCAUUGUUUAUUACUGAUGAAUUUAACCAUGUACCGAUGCUUAGGGUAACAUUUAUACAGCAUCUGAGAUCUUUACUCAUGCAAGUUGGCCUGAAUGACACAAUAUAUGCAGGUCAUUCCUUUAGAAUAGGAGCUGCCACAGCUGCUGCUGCAGCUGGGGUGGAAGACCACAUUAUCAAAGACUUAGGUAGAUGGACAUCUGACUGUUAUGUGAGAUAUAUCAGAACGGAUUCUGAGGUUCUUGAAAAAGCUCAACAACAACUUUGUAUUUUCAAAUCUCAAAAGAAGGUUUACUAGUUUUGUCAACAAUCCAUACAAAAUGUCUCAUACCUAUAUCCUUGGGGGCUUCACUCAUUCCUUCGUUCAUUUGGCGUUCAUUCCAGGGGAAUUCUACCCCCAAGUCUAUGUUUGGUUUUGCUUAUUAUUACGGUAUAUACCACAGUUUUAUCAUUACAUAUAACUUAUUGUACAUAGGUAGUUUGUUAAAUGUUUAAUAGAAUUUGACUAGUAAGUAGUGUUUUCUUAGACUAACAGUUUUAUGCCUACUGGGAAUCAGUACCAGGAAUACGUUAUCUCUCCUGGGUUCAGCUCAGAGUACUUGUUCCCUUUCGUUGCCUGCUGGGAUCAGCCCCGGGCAUGGGUCACUUUCUUUGAUGCCUGCUGGGAUCAGCCCCGGGCAUGGGUCACUUUUCUGUGAUGCCUGCUGGGAUCAGCCCCGGGCAUGGUCCGCUCGUUCUCCGAUGCCUGCUGGGAUCAGCCCCGGGCAUGGUUCACUUUCUUUGAUGCCUGCUGGGAUCAGCCCCGGGCAUGGUUCACUUGUUCUGUGAUGUCUGCUGGGAUCAGCCCCAGGCAUACACUCCUGGGAUCAGCCCGGAGUGCAGUCUGCGUAUAUUGACCCUAGGCAGGGUUGUUAACUCUUUUACUUCAGACAGUUUUGAUGAUAGGAUCAAGCCAGAUAUUGUUAUUAAUAAUAGAUUGUUAAGAAAGGAAUGAGUAGCCCCCAGGACGCCAAAUUAUUAGUUAUAAUAUUUUAGUGUAGUAUGUGUAUAUGUACAACAUUAUAUGGCAGCAUUGUUUAUAUGUAGUGAUGUUUGGGUUGUAAAGACCCAAUAAAAAUUUGUUAAACUGUA